CUGGCCGAGUUGCCCAGUCCAGGAACCGACCGACUGACCGGCCUGCCUGCCUGCCUUCCUGCCUGCUCGUCUGCCUCGACGCCGCCCGGCUGCAGGCGCCCCCAGCUUCCACCUGGGCACCUAGACAAAACGCCCCUUCCCUCCAGCGCCUGCCUCCACUCCCGCCCGACCUGCCACCGCCCUGGGUCCCAAAUGCCCCCGAGUCCCAUCACCGCCCUCUCCGUCUGCUCCGUUCCACCCACCUCUUCCCCAUCCCCCUCGUGCUCCCGCUCCGGUCCUGCCACCGGCCACUGAACCGUCCUUGCCUCUCCCCUGCCGCCAUCUCUCCCUCGUCGCCGGCUUCCCUCCUUCAUCUCCACAACCUCUCCUCCUUCUUCUUCUCCUCCAUCGCCAUCGUCAUCAACCUCACCUCGCCGUCUGGCUCGCACUUACAUCCGACCACCCGCCAUGGCCUCUGUCGUCCGCGGCACGUCUCUCCGCGCCGGCGGUGCCUGCGUCCGCUGCAGGAAGGGCAAGACCAAGUGUGUCUACGAGAACGGCCGCGCGCCCUGCAAGAACUGCGCGAAGGGCAUGCACGAGUGCUACUUGCCUUCCGAAAGCCUCGCUCACCACCACGGCCAGUCUCCGGCACGCGUCUCCCGUCCGCGCGAGAGCCUUCCCCAUGGCGAACGCAGUGUCUCUGCCGUCGCCAGCGACCGCCAACCUGCCGCCACAACCACGAGCGGCGUUGUCGUCCCUCAACGGUCUGUCCCUGCAGCUACCGCCAGUGAAAAGCUUACUCCGGAGCUUGCCGCCGAGUGCGAGAGGGUUAUCAACAAGACUCUGCCAUCCUGUGUUGCAUUCCAUAAGCCGUCCUUCAUUCAGAAGCUCAAGAAUGGCACGCUGGAGGGGAGCAUUGUAAAUGGUCUGCUGGCCUGUGCUGCACGGAGCUCGCCCGCUCUCAUUCGUCGUUAUGGUGCUCAGGGCGGCGCUGCCGCUGCUGCUGAGCACUUUGCAGCAAAGGCCAUCAGCCUCGUGAUGCAAAACCUGGACAACCCCAACCUUGCCGAUAUUCAGGCCUUGUGUCUACUUACCAUCCACGAGUGGGGCAACAGGAACGCCAUUCGCGCCUACAUUUACCUCGGGCAGGCUGCUCGCAUGGCGCAGAUGUACCGCAUAAUAUCCGCACAUCAGGGCCACGGCGAGCCAGAUCGCUUUAUCAAGGACGAGUCCUUUCGCCGCACCUUGUGGCUCAUCUACAUUCUCGACUGCUUCCUCACCAGCAGCCCUGGCCGUCACCCAGCCGUCUCCCAAUUCGACAUCAAGGGCGUGCCGCUGCCGUGCCCAGACAUGAGCUACAACUUUGGCACUCCCGUCUAUGUCCGGACACUGGCAGGUGGUAUACCAUCUACGGCUCCCGACUCCGCCACUCCACUGACUGAGGUUGGCGAGUUCGGCCACAUUGUCAUGGCUACCCAAGCAUGGCGCAACGUCAUCGAAAUGCUGACGACUGUAACCACUGAGACUUUCUCCGAGGAACAGUGCGCCUCUCUCGAGGCGGGCAUCGAGGCCGUGCGGAACUCCCUCCCGCUUCACUACGUCGACAAGCCUGGCCAUAUCAAUCUCCACAUCACGAUGGGAAGCGGCUACACCUACGCCAUGCUCCAUUGCCUUCUCCAUUGUGCCACCAUCAUGGUCAACAGGCGUCGGCUGUUGCACAUGGUCACAACCCAGGGUUUCAGCCAAGAAUCAUGGCGCAUGGCUUCUCAUGCCCAUUUGCAGACAGUCGAAAGGGUGUUUGCGGCCUCUCACAGUGUUGUCUCGUUGCUCCUGGCCCUCGAGGCCAACGCCGACAAGGAUGCGGUCCUCAACUUCCCCCUUGUCAUGCUGUUCUCGUGUUUCACAGCGAGCUCCACCAUUGCGUGGUUCAGCCUCAAGGGCUUCACCCCACCUGAUGUGAACGAGACGGCCGAGGCCUUUGUACGCGAUGGCAUGCGCUUCUUGCAGGAUGGUGCUAAUAUCUGGAUCCUGGCUGUGCCCUGGUACCGACACUUGACCGUCAUGGCUAAGGUCCUCCGCAAUGGCGAUCCCACGGGAAAACCCCUUGCCGACCCUGAUUCUCGCACCAAAGAAGAUGUCGUGAGCGAGUCGAGCCGGAACAAUAGCCACCCUGCAGACCGCAUGGAAUACGACCGACCCUCAUCCGCCCACCCGCCUGACUAUAGCGAGCGCAGAGGCAGCGAGCCUCCACGCAAAUCCGGUUUCACGACCAUCAACGGCGGAUCAGGCGCAGCAUCAACUCCUGCUACUGCGAGCCCCCGCCAGCAGACUCAGACCAAGGCUGAAUCACCGGCACCUUCGUCCACCGAGGAUCCAGGCAUCGACAGCGUCGUGCAUCCCGGCUCUGACAUGACGGCCGCCGAGCUGUGCAUGGCAUUUGAAAGGCAACUCCUUGAGCUCGAUGAUCUUGCCGCAUUUAUGGGCGGCGGUGUCUAGAUGCGAAUUCCCUUUCUCGCAUCGGAGCUCGCUUUGCUGUACCUUCUCUCAGUUGAUGUCGUUUUGGCACUGUUGC